AUUUCAAAGAAACUUUCUUCUCAUCGACUUUGAAACAAGUUUUCAAGUUUUCUCGCUGAAGGAAAAAAUUCUAUCGUUACCAUGACGACGCAAAAGGAAAACAAUGUGACCACAGUAGUUAUUUUCCCCGUCAACAAGGAGCAGUCUUUAUUUCAAUUUUCCCUUUCUUUCUAAAUGAUAAACAAACUCCACGAGAAAUGGAGACAAAUCUCUUCUCGCCAGAUUUACGAAAAUGGCUAAGAAAAUGUCUCAGUGAACAAUUUAAGGCAACGAUUGACAAACAUUUGGAGAACGAUGACAAUUCAAAGGAAGUGGUGGAAAAAUUAAUUGACUCAAGGGAAAUGAGAGAUUUACUCCAAUUGAUAAAACAAUCAUUGAGCGAUGAUAAAUUCCAAGAGGAUUCUGAAUUUCCCGAUAGAUCACGAUCGUUGACAUCGAUAUCGGGAAUUAGCGAUUUAUCGGGUGACGAAUGGCUAUCGUUUAAAGGGAGUUCCGAUCGCUAUGGACAAUUAUUGGAGAGAAUUGACGCAACGAAACCAGUUCAUGUGCGAUUAGCCGGCUAUGAGGGUUUUUUAAAACGUGAACUCUCGGGGAUAUUUAGUAUUCAAAAUUGGGAUUAUUUUUUGAAAAUAUUACGCGACGGUAUUGCUGACGAUAGUCGACCGAUUUUUGAAGCUUGUCUACAGUUGCACGCGAAACUUUUGAAUUCACCGCAGCCGAGUGAGAUUUAUGGGAAUUUGAUGCUGGCAUUCAAUGAACAGUAUCAAUCGAAAAAAAUUAAUGACAUCCUGCCAACGCUUAUUUCGGGUGUGAAUUAUAAAGUUUUGGCGCACGAGAAAUUAAUUCGAAUUAUGUUUUUGAUUGUUCGUCAUCAGGAGGAGGUUUUGAAGGGUGUCAGAACUGUUGACAAGAGUUUGGAAGAGAUGAUUGAGCAAUUUUUCGUUUUUAUCAGUACUUAUAAUUGUGGAAGUCCCAUUCAGGUGAAGACACUGAGUCCACUGAACAUUCUCUCAAUCCUCGAGCCCGAAGCUUCAUGGAGUGGCAAAUGGAUCCACAGUCUAACAACCAGAAAAGCAUUCUGCACAGCCCUCGGAAAAUCUCCGUCCCUUCUCGGAACGAUAAUUCAAACCACCAUCAAGGGCCUCUCAGAACCGCCAUACACUGUCUCUCUAUCAGUGACCGACGAUCCCGACGACUUCUUCAUCUCCGGCGAGACAGUCGAAACAAUGACCUAUCUCCACUCUCUCACUCUCCUCUCGCAAAUCAUCAGCUACACAACCGGUCGAACCCUCCUCACCGAGACUCAAAUCGAAAAUCCAUUCUCCGUCACCGACUUCAUGACAUCCUUACUCACUUCCCUCAAUAUUCUCGCAUCCUCAGAAAUUCCGAGUGUCAUCUACGAAGUCUCGCGCAGCGCCUUUCGAUACAUUCUCCACAAGCCGGUAAUUCUCUACGACGCCAGAUUCUAUCAUAUCGCCUUCAAUCCGCUAAUUAAUUCCGGCGACAAGAAAAUUUAUCCGCACACACUGGAUGUGACGAUGCACAUGCUGGACACCGCUGACGGAAUUAGUUUCAUGGGGUCGGAGACUCGAAUUGGCUCGGCGAAUAAUGAGACGACGAAUUAUCCGGCUAUUGCUGUUUUGGAGUACACUUCGGAUUUGCUGCGGCAACCACUGUCGGUGAUGAACAUCGAACUCGUCGCGGAUCUUUUUACUUAUAUCGGAAGACUCCUCACUGUCUAUGACGUCUACGAAAUUACGCAGGAAACCCUCGAGACGAAAUUCUAUCCUGCAAUUGCGUAUUUUUAUGGGAAAUUAGACAAGUACGCGGUUGAGAACGAAAUCAAGACGCAAUUUCUCAAUAGUUCGGCGAAAAAUAUGCUAUUGAAGAUUGUAUCGAUGCCACUGGGUCUUCAACUUCUUUCCGGCGAAACAAUUGUCUUUGAGGAAUUAAUAAGAGGCUCGAUUGGACCACUUCGCGCCUCUUGGAAUUCCACCGAUGUCGUUUCCUUCAUCUCAAAUAGCGCCUCCUUCUCUCUUGGUGUGAGAAUUCUUUCCGAAUUGGCGCCCCAUGUUCUCUCAACUCUCCUCAAUGAUCUCUGCAAACUCCUCGAGGACACCCAUUGUUUUCAUGAUCCAUGGGAGGAACGAGAUGUGGAAAUAUUUCUUCAUUUACUGACAAUAUUUUCCCUAAAUACCGAAUGUUUCAUUGCAUUUAUGUCAACCGACGAAACAAAUUCCGACGACGAUAUUUGUUAUCCUCUGAAUUUAAGUGAACUUUAUCAACAUUCUGUCGAUUCCGAUUCGGAAUAUCACUAUCUCAGUCUUUUAUCGACUAGAGCCGUGAUUUGGAAUUUGGAUAUUUAUCUCUUUUUGGAAAAUUCAUUAAACUUGGAGAGUCAACUUCUCAAUUUGCAAAGAUUUUGCAUUAUUGACAUUGACGAGGAGAAUUAUGUGACGACGGACAAUCAUGACACUUACAUUGUCGACGAGUGCAGUAUAAUGCGUCAUCAAAUUUUAUCUGAUUCGUAUUUCGUGAGACAGAAACGUCACGAAUAUACCAAACAGCCGGAGGAGUGUCUUCUCUUCUCGAAAUUCCCACCGCCUCAAGGACCGGAGGAGGGUUUCGCUGGUAAUUCCUCGUCCGACACGGAUUUGGAGUAUUUUCUCGAGGCCGAUGUUCCGGGCUUGCGAGACAGUGGCUGGGUUUCGCAAGCUCGUAAAGCUUUCCGAUCGUCCAACGGCUCCAUGAAGAGCGACGUGAUGCUGAGUUUAUUGGAUCAGAUGCAAAAGGCGAUUCCAACAGUCGAAUGGGUGGACCACUUCACGUGGGAGACGAACGACUACAACGAAAGUUACUGGCUCCAGGAAGAUCUUCGAGGAAUUGAGUUGGUCCUGCGUUACGCGGAAUUAAACACAAAAAUGAUUGACAAAGAAAUGUUGAGAGAGAAUUUGAAAAUUUUCAUUCAGUCCUCUCACGAUUUUAUAAAGUACAAAAAACCUCUUCAUUACAAUGGAUUCGAUUGGUUCUUGUCGACUGUCUUCAUUGCCUGCGACGGCGACUUGGAAAAAUCCAAAAACUUUGUCACGCAAAUUGUCCGCUUUCCAUCGGCAAUAUUCUUGUGGCCGGCACUUGCCGAUGUUGUUGAUAAAAGCAACGAGGAAGAAUCGACAACUCGACUGCUACUCGCUCAUCUUUUGGAAUUUCUUGUCAGUAAAGAAUUUCCUACUAUCAAGUACGCCAUGAAAAAUAAAUGCGGCGUCGAUUGGUGGACAAUAUCCCUACGACUCUGUCAUCAAUCAUUCUGGGGAAUUCUCCCCUGGGAGGAAAUAAUCCACUUCUACGCAAUUUCCAUUCUCUAUCCGCCCGAUUAUAUAAUUUACUACUGCGUUUCAUUAUUAAAUCACUGCCAAACCGAUUUCAUGGAAAAUGUAAUGAACGGAAAAAUGUGGCCCGAACAUUUGAUUCUAGAAGACUACCGAUGUCACAGUCAAAUCGGAUACAUGGACAGACUGGGUAAACGCUACAGCGGUAAACUUCUACCAAUACUCUCACAACGGAAAUUAAAUUUUCCCGAGCCGAAGUAAAAAAAUUGUAUUCAAA